AUGGCCGACGUUAACGUUGAUGUCCUCGUUAUUGGCAUGGGACCUACUGGUCUCGGUGCUGCCAAGCGUCUCAACCACAUUAACGGCCCUUCAUGGCUGAUUGUCGAUUCCUCUGACAAGGCUGGUGGUCUUGCUAGCACUGACACCACCCCCGAGGGUUUCCUCUACGACGUCGGUGGUCACGUUAUUUUCUCCCACUACAAGUACUUCGACGACUGCAUCGACGAGGCCCUCCCCAAGGACGAUGACUGGUACACUCACCAGCGAAUCUCCUACGUUCGCUACAAGGGCCUUUGGGUUCCUUACCCCUUCCAGAACAAUAUUUCCAUGCUUCCCAAGGAGGACCAGGUCAGCUGUAUCGAGGGCAUCAUUGAUUCUGCUCUUGAGUGCCGUGUUGCCAACACCAAGCCCAAGGACUUUGAUGAGUGGAUUGUCCGUAUGAUGGGUGAGGGUAUCGCCAACAUCUUCAUGCGACCUUACAACUACAAGGUCUGGGCCGUCCCUACCACCAAGAUGCAAUGUCAGUGGCUCGGUGAGCGUGUCGCUGCCCCCGAUGCUAAGCUCGUUACUAAGAACGUUAUCCUCAACAAGGUUGCUGGUAACUGGGGCCCUAACGCUACUUUCCGAUUCCCCGCCCGCGAUGGUACCGGCGGUAUCUGGAUUGCCGUCGCUGAGACCAUUCCCAAGGAGAACAAGCGAUUCGGCAAGCAGGGAGAGGUCACAAAAAUUGAUGCCGAGAAGAAGAUUGCCUACUUCGCCGAUGGCAGCACCAUCGGUUAUAACAAGCUCAUCAACACCAUGGCCGUUGACCACCUCGCCGAGAAGCUCGGCAACCAGGAGCUUGUCGGCCUUACCAAGCAACUUUACUACUCCACUACCCAUGUCAUUGGUGUCGGUAUCCGAGGCGAGCGCCCUGAGCGCAUCGGUGACAAGUGCUGGCUGUAUUUCCCCGAGGACAACUGUCCCUUCUAUCGUGCCACUAUCUUCUCCAACUACUCCCCCUACAACCAGCCUCAGAAGGAUGCCAAGCUCCCCACGCUUUACCUGGCUAAUGGUGAGAAGCCUGCGUCUUCCGAGGCUAAGGAGGGACCUUACUGGUCUAUCAUGCUAGAGGUUUCCCAGUCUACCAUGAAACCUGUCGAUGUUGAGAACCUCCUCAAGGAUAGCAUCCAGGGUCUCAUCAACACCGAGAUGAUCAAGCCCGAGGAUGAGAUUGUCUCUACUUAUCACCGUGCUUUCGACCAUGGUUACCCCACCCCCACCCUCGAGCGUGAGGGCGUCCUCAAGCAGGUCCUCCCCAAGCUCGAGGCUAUGGACAUUCUCUCCCGUGGUCGAUUCGGCAGCUGGCGAUACGAGGUCGGUAACCAGGACCACUCCUUCAUGCUCGGUGUUGAGGCCGUUGAUGCUAUCCACAGCGGUGCCGUGGAGCUGACACUCAACUACCCUGACUUUGUCAACUCUCGCCAGAACACUGAGCGACGCCUCACUCAGAACUUCAUUGUGGCUCCUCCUCAGACCAACGGCACUAAGGAUAUUCCAAGCCACUCCAAGGCCCAGUAA